AUGUGCUUUUCGUUAAAUUUCCAUUUCCAAGUAACAGAAGGUGUUGCAGAUGGAAGUUCAAAGCCUUUGAGGUCAGGAGCUUUGACAGUAUUCGGGAAAGAUAUGAAAGCUCUCUUAGUCGAUAAGAUUUAUUUGGUGAAUGUUCUUGGUUACAUUGCAUAUAAUUUUGUCAUAGGUGCCUAUUCCUAUUGGGGACCUAAGGCGGGUUACAAUAUAUAUCACAUGAGCAAUGCUGAUUAUAUGUUUGGAGGUGUCACAGCAGCCUGUGGAAUAUUAGGCUCACUAGCUGGUGGUUUUAUUCUCGACCGAAUGACUUCAACAAUAUCUAAUGCUUUUAAGCUUCUAUCGUUGGCCACAUUUUCUGGAGCUGUAUUUUGCUUUGCUGCAUUUUGCUUUAAGAGCCUAUAUGCGUUUUUGGCUCUUUUUGCAAUCGGAGAGCUGCUCGUAUUUGCUACCCAGGCCCCGGUUAAUUUUGUGUGCCUGCACUGUGUUAAGCCGAGUCUCAGACCAUUAUCUAUGGCGAUGUCGACUGUUUCAAUUCACAUAUUCGGUGAUGUGCCCUCAUCUCCCCUUGUUGGGCUUCUCCAGGAUCGAAUAAACAAUUGGAGGGCCACUGCGUUAAUUUUAACUUCGAUUCUAUUUGUGGCGGCCACAAUAUGGUUUAUUGGGGUUUUUCUUCAUAGCGUGGAUAGAUAUAACGAAGAUAGCGAGCAUCAAGUUACUUUGGUCGACAAAUCCAAUGCGACUCCAUUGCUGGCCGAGAAGACUACAGAAACUGUGUAG